UGUCAAUGAAGCUGGGCGUGAUGGCAUCUGCUCUCUUCGGCUAUCUUCCCUCAACGAUGACCUUCACCCUUGUUGCUGUGAUCAUCCUGCUGCUGCUGUCGGCAGCUGCAGCUGCUUUCGUUGCGUCAAGUCCAUCAGCUGGCAAUGGCAUGCUCUUCGGCAGCAACGUGGGUGCGAACAGGAGGAGGGCAUGUGAUUCAUCGCUGCUGCACCGGCUUCAAUUGCGGGCUGCACAAGUGCGGGCGCAUGCGAAUGAGGGAGAAGAGCUGAGCGGCGCGCCUGGCCAGCCACCGUCAACUGUCAUAGUGGGUGAGAAGAUCAGCACACCGAAACACAAACCGAUGUAUGUGUUUGCCUCUUUCUCUGUGUGUGGUUAGGUGGUGGUCCGGCGGGCUACGCGACGGCCAUCAUGCUUGCGAGGAGGGGGUGGGCCAACAUCACGGUGCUCGAGAGGCGGCCCCCGCUCCCACCGCCCAACUCGGACAGCUGGGGCGACCCCGACCGGUCCUACAACAUGGGCAUCAACGGCCGGGGGCAGCGGCUGCUCAAAGACAUACAGUGCAUCGACGUGAGUGAGCCCGCGAGCGAAAUGCCCUGGGCACUCGCUCAGUAUGUGUGUGUGUGUUGGGUGUGUGUGCACACAGCGGCUGUAUCGGUACUCGGUGCCUGUGCGUGGUCGCUUCACCUGGUCGGAGGGCAACAAGACGGCGCUGAGGAUAUUCACCGACCGGACGGCCACUUCGAGAAUCAUUCAGGUGCGGGUGGGUGUGGUUGUGGGUGUGAAUGGGCACACGCGUGAGUGUGUGUGUGGUGUGUGGUGUGUGGUGUGUGGAUGGGCAGAGGGACCGGUUGGCUUCGCUGCUCUAUGAGGAGAUCACCGACAAGUACCCACAGCAGAUACAGUGAGUGAAUGAGUGAGACCCACACACACUGACCUGACAGACACACAUGGAUCUCUCUCUCUCUCUCUCUCUGUGUGUGUGUUCAACAAGGGUGGCCUUCAACACCACCUGCACGAACCUCGAGGCAGCCAAUGACGGCCGUCUGCUCGUCCAGGUCAACAACAGCACCGCCACACACAUCCACACACAUUUCGGUACACAACAGCCUCCUCCCUCCCUCCCUCCCUCCCUCCUCCCCCCCCCCCCCCCCCACACACCCCACUGCAGUGCACCUUUCCCUCCCAUCUCUCUCUGGCUCUCUGUGUCUCUCUGUGUGUGCGUAUGGCGUGACAGUGGUGGGUGCGGACGGGGCCCGGUCGUUUGUGCGUGACGGUCUGGGGUUCAGUGCCGUCAGGUUCCCCGAGAGCAACACGCGUGUGUACAAGAUCAUGCCGCUCAAGCUGCCCAAGGACAUGAGAAUGGACCUCGACUACAUCGCUGGACGACCGGUGGGUGCCAUUCCACACACACACACACACAGACAGAGAGAGAGAGAGAGGGGGGGGGAGGGGGGUUACACCAAAGUGUUGUGUCGAUUAGGAUGGUGUGGCGCUGGACGCCCUCCCCACUCCCGAGGGCAAUAUGAUCGGCGUCGUCCUCUUCAGGCCGGAGGACACACAAGUGGCCUCCCUAAACACCGGUACUCAUACAGCACACGUGUGUGCGCCACGCAUCUCUCUGGCCCUCUCUCUCUCUCUCUCUCUCUGUGUGUGUGUGUGUCUGUGUGUGUGUGUGUGCAGCUGAAUCGGUGCGGCGGUAUGUCCGUGAGAGGUUCGCCGCCGUGGUGCCUUACAUAGAGGAAGAGCAAUACGCCCUCUUCGCGAAGCGGAAGACGUGUAGGUUUGACGCACACACUGAAGGCGUGUACACCCACCUCCACCUCCACACACACUGACACACAGACACACACACACACACACAGAGAGAGAGAGAAGGCGCACCAUCUAUCCAUCCAUCCAUCCGUGUGUGUGUGUGGCUGCAUGGCAUGCAGGCUCUCUCCCCAGCUUUUCCUACGCAGCCGGCCCUCUGCACAGAACCGACCCUGCUCCAGUGGUCUUGCUAGGUGACGCCAUCCACUGCGUCAAGCCUUAUUUCGGCCAGGUGUGUGUGUUGACGCGCACCGACACCUUUGACGUGCCAUGCAUGUGUGUGACCCACAGGGUGUAAACAGUGCCUUUGAGGAUGUCGAGGUGCUGCAGCGAUGUCUGCAGGAGUGGUCGGUGGGCACCACACACACACACACAGACAGACAGACAGGGGAGGGAGGGAGGGAGGGAAGGGUCGCUCUCAUGUGUGCGUGUGGGGGUGAGUGGCUGGUUGGUGCAGUGGCGAUGAUCUGCGUAGGGCCCUCCCUCUGUACACUAAGCGAAGGGCGCCGCAGGCCAAGGCACUUGUGGAGCUUUCCAGGUCUCACACACACACACACACACAGACACAGAGAGAGAGAGAGAGAGAGGCAGAGGGACACACACAAACAGUCACGUGUGUAUCGUCCCGCGUGUGUGUGUGCAGGUCGUUCGACAAGGACCCGAGGAGCCCAUCAGGUUUCCUGCUGUUCGUCCUGCCUCUGAUCCUCGACGGCAUCUUCCACAACCUGAUGCCCCGGCUCUUCGCCACCAACCCCAUCGCACUCAUGCAAAACGACGGUCAGUCUGCCCUGCCUGUUGGCAUCACACCAUCACACAUCUCACAUGCCCCUCUCUCUCUCUCUCUCUCUCUCUGUGUGUGUGUGUGUGUGUGUGUGCGGCGUAGAUCUGACUUUUACGGGCAUUCGACGGCGGAAGAGGCUAGACAGGCUGGGGCAAGUGGCACUGAUGGCAGCUGUGGUCACGGCAGUCGGCAGGACAAUCACACUAGGCCUCAAGACACUACUCUUCAUGACCGCUUAAUUACACUAAUGGCCAG